CGGCGGCGGCGGAGUAGGUCGAGACCGAGACUAGAUAUGUCUGGGAGGCGAACGCGGUCCGACGGGACCGCUCAGCGCUCUGGGCCCAGAACCCCAUCCCCUACUGAGUCUCUGCGGAGGUCCCAUAGGAAAUCAGGCUCUGAUCUCCCGAGGAUCCUUCCUCAAAUCUGGCCUCAGCCACCCCACGCGAAUCCUCCAGUCAGAAAGCCUAUUGUCUUGAAGAAGAUCGUGGCCCAUGCUGCAGAGAUCCCAGCUGUCCGCUCGCCUCGCAGGAGCCCCAGGAUUCGUUUUUUCUUAGAGAAAGAAAACAACCCUCCUAGGAAGGAGCUUACUAAAGAGGACCUUUUCAAGACAUGUAGUAUCCCUGUCACCCCAGCCACCACUCCUGUGCACAACCUGAACAUCAAGUCCAGCUCCAAGGAAGGAGACCCAGAUGCUAGAGACUUGGAAAUGUCUAAGAAAGUCAGGCGAUCCUACAGCCGGCUAGAGACCCUUGGCUCUGCCUCCACCUCCACCCCAGGCCGCCGGUCCUGCUUUGGCUUUGAGGGGCUGCUAGGGGCAGAAGACUUGUCUGGAGUCUCGCCUGUAGUGUGUUCAAAGUUAAUCGAGGUCCCCAGGGCCCCUGCAAAACCUUGGGCCCCAGACACAACUCUUCCUGGAAUCUCCCCCCCAGUCAUGAAAGAGAAACGAAAGAAGAAGAAGGUCCCGGAGAUCCUGAAAUCGGAGCUGGAUGAGUGGGCUGCGGCCAUGAAUGCCGAGUUUGAAGCUGCUGAGCAAUUUGAUCUCCUGAUUGAAUGAGAUGAAGUGGGGGUGCUCCUGGCCAGACUCUCCUCUUCUCCCUGUACAUAGCUCUCUCUCUCUAUGGAGGAGAUACUUAGGUCCCCUCUCCUGGCCUUGUUACCUGUGCGUGUGCUGUUGCUGCAUGUGCGGCCUGUCCUCAGAGCUUGUGCGGUGGCGGCAGCAAUCUCAGUUUCAGGAAAUGGGAACCACCUGACCUGGCCAUACACUGGUGUCCUAUCUGUAGUCCUCUUCUUCCUACCUCCCCACAGUACCGCAGCCAGCUUCCAUCUGGGCCAUGUACUGGGAAAUAGAAUCACUGGCCCAGCCAGAAGAAUUAAAGGGCUGGGGACUGGAGGUGAGAGAGCCCCUCUGCUCUUGGGAAGUUCAGCUGCUCUGAACCAGCCCCAACAGGAACAGACCCCUCAGGGUGUAGCCAACCUCAGGCUCUCCUGAGUUGACUUCUGUUGGUGUCUUGGUUCCCAGCCACGAGCCCAUCUAUGUAAAGAGGCUUCAGGUUCUGUGGGUUUCCUCUUAGAUUUUGUAGAUGGUCCAGGAGAGAAUUCAUCAGCUGGGGGACAGUCCUAUCUUUGAGGGAAAAGCUGAACAUUCAGCCUGUAGAGCCUAACUAAAUUUUGAAGGAGGGACAGAAGUCUUAGUUGGAUCUCAGAUCCUACGCAUUUACUACAUAGAAGUUGUGUUUUAUAGUUCUGUGUUCUGCUGUUGAGAUGUUUGUUAAAAGCCAGGUUGAUGGAGCUCUGGCUGCCGGGGCAAAGAGGGUGCAUUUCUGAGUAUGGCCGCCAGUGCCGGGGACUCCAGAUGACAUGGAACCUGAGAAUCAUGGCCUCUGGGCUGGCCACCUACACAGGGCCCAGGGUGGGGCCUUACCACUCUGCCGCAGGAGUAGGAGGUGCCCCCUCUUGUCAGCCACCCUAUUUCUUACAAAAUAAGGUACACAGAGAAGAAAAAAUUAUGGGUUGAAAGGUCCCAAUCCUACUAGCAUUUUGCAGCUACACUUGUAAAUUUCUAGAAAGUUUUCCUCAUAUACCAUAAAGUGGCA